UGUGACGUCAUUUAACCGGUAAAUGAUUACGUUUUUUUGUUCUUUCCCACUACACAGCUUCCGUUGAAACGAAGUUUCUGUCGAAUUCACUCUCGCAACGUCAACGUCUGCAAACGUUCGGUAGCUGCGUCUUCUAUAAAAGCACUGUUACGUACACGUCACGAAAAUAAAUCGUGCAUCAAUACCUGCAUACGAAUUUUCGGGGAAGCUAAGCUAAUAUUGACAAUUGUGCUACGUAAACAAGCUGACUAUAAAAUCUAGCUGUACCCAAACGAUUUGUUUGUCAGUGUUUCGUAAUAAGUUCGCAAACACGUACAAUUUGCAUUCGAAUCUACAUUGUGCGUCACCGACUUCGUCCAUCAUAUUCCUUGUUGAUUCUUCAAGCCACUGAUCUCUCAACCAGGAAUCAAAAUGAGUUACGGCUACAAGGGACCACCGGUGAUUCAAUUUCCGGGACAUGUACCACCGCCGACGUCGUUCGGGGCUCCACCUGGUACACCCUCUGCCCCUGGUGCUGCCUCUGCACCUGGUGCUCCGCCUUACGCCCAAGGUGGCAUGGGUUUCUCAAAUGCCCUUCCUACAUCUUUCGGAAUGCCACAACCUUAUUCUUCAUAUUCUGCGUCUCCUUAUCCAAUCCAACCUAAUCAUCCUACACCCAGUUAUGGCCCACCAGCACCGGGAACUCCUCAACAAAUGCCUCAAUCUAUGCCUCAACCUAUGCCACAACCUAUGCCACAAUCUAUGCCACAACCUUCUCCUUAUGCACCUCAACAUCAAUCUCAUCCUCAACUGCCGUCUUAUCCACCUCAACCUCAAUCAUACCCUCAACCACCAUCUUAUCCGCAACAACAAAAUUACGAUUUGUAUCCUGAGCUUCAGAACGCACCAGAAGCAAAAGAAUGUUUCAAUUCUUCUCCUUAUACCUCAGCUCCCAAUUUCUCAAAUCAUUCGAGUCCCUAUGCAGGCGGCAGCUAUCUUGGGGGGCAGGGUGCAGGGUUCUAUUCUCCACAACGUGGAAGUUCUUAUCAACCAGCCCCGGCCCCCCGAAAAACUCAGUCCGCGUGGAAGGUAUCACCAACGGUUGUUGCGUAUCCAGAUUUCGAUGCCAGAGCGGAUGCAGAGGUUUUGAGAAAGGCAAUGAAAGGUUUUGGGACGGAUGAAAAGUCUAUCAUCAACGUUCUUGCAAAUCGUAAUAAUUUACAGCGACAGGAGAUCGUCCAACAGUUUAAGACUCUAUAUGGCAAGGAUCUUGUGAAAGAUUUGAAGUCCGAAACGUCGGGCAACUUCGAAAAGUUGCUUGUGGCUAUGAUGAUACCAUUGCCACAAUUUUAUGCCAAAGAAUUGCAUGAUGCAAUGUCCGGUAUCGGUACCGAUGAAUGCGUUCUAAUAGAAGUACUGUGCACCAUGUCUAAUCACGAGAUUCGCGUGAUUAAACAGGCCUACGAAGCAAUGUACGGAAGAUCAUUGGAGGAUGAUUUAAGAGACGACACAUCUGGGAAUUUCAAGCGAUUAAUGGUAUCGCUCUGUUGCGCAAACAGGGAUGAGUCACGCGACGUGAAUCGUGCAGCCGCAUUAGAGGAUGCCAAAAACCUUCUCAUGGCUGGCGAACUUCGUUUCGGAACCGAUGAGUCAAUGUUCAACGCGAUACUUGUUCAAAGGAGCAUUCCACAGUUGAGACAGAUCUUCAACGAAUACGAAGGCAUCACCGGUCAUUCCAUAGAGACCGCGAUCGAUAACGAGUUUUCGGGCGACAUUAAGAAAGGACUUCUAGCAAUUGUGAAAUGUGUGAAGAACCGAGCUGGUUUCUUCGCGGAACAGUUGUACAAGAGCAUGAAGGGUUUCGGCACGGACGAUGACCGUCUGAUCAGACUAGUGGUCACGCGUUGCGAAGAGGACAUGGGCGAGAUCAAGGAAGAAUUCAAACGACAGUACAAUGAAUCCUUGGAAGAUUUCAUAUCCGGAGAUUGUUCCGGCCAUUAUAAAAAGUGUCUUUUAGCACUGGUUUCUUAAAACUAUGUUGACGGGAAGCUUUGUUGUGUCUCGAAGCAUUUAAUCGCCAAUUUGUCAAGUAUUACCGCCUGUACAUUUAUUUAUCUGCUUGUUCAUAGUUUAAUGUGAUAAGAAUGGAUAUAUAAAUGUUCCUAAAAGAA